AUGAAAUUCUGGCCCACCGUUUCCAAGGAGCAAUGCUUGAGCCGGCUGCGUCGGGACGUGUCGGCAUGGAAUGAGCUGCGGACCAGUGCGGACCUGACCGGCACAUCCUUCGCCAACGCGCGGCUCCACGGCGCGAAUUUGUCGUGGGCCGACCUGACCCACCUCGACUUCAGCGGCUCGGAUUUGGGCGACGCAGACCUGCGCGGCGCCGACCUUCAAUUUUGUGAUCUGACGGGAGCCAACCUGCAGAGCGCCGACCUGCGCGGCGCCAGCCUUCAGGGCGCUACGCUAGGGGAGGCCAACCUGUCCCACGCCCUACUGCAAGGCGCCAACCUCGCGCGGGCCGACCUGAGCCAGAUCAACCUCCGGGGGGCCGACCUGGGCUACUCGGUGCUGCGCGGCACGUAUUGCAGCCGUUCCGAUUUUUCCGAGGCCGAUUUGACCUGGGCCGACAUGCACUCAGCCAACCUGUCGAACUCGACCUUUUACAAAACGGUGUUCACGGACGCGACCCUGGCCCAGGCCAACCUGGCCCACGCCAACUUCAACCUGGCGUUGCUGGAAAACACCGACCUCGAGGAGGCGUUCCUGCACGACACGAUCUUUGCCGCGCUGGACCUGUGCGGCGCAAAGAACCUGGCAACCGUGCAGCACGAACCCUCUUCAAUACUGAGCAUCGGGACAGACACCCUGCUCAAUACUCUCAGGAGCUCCGGCGGCGUCUAUUCUCACGAGCUGGAGGUCUUUUUCUCCCGGGGCGGCGUGUCCAUCGACAUGCUGGCUUCAAUUCGCCCCGUCAGCGCCCCGGCAUCCUGA